UGUCAACACAUGAGAAUAAUACGGGCGAGAGAAGUUGAUCUUCGGAUUCGAAGGUUGCCCACCGAAAUUGGCCGGGGUAUAAAUACGCCCGGAGAAAUUUAAAGUGUAUCAGUUGACUGCACAACUAUCUCCUUAAAACAACCACAAUGAACACCUACUCCUUCGCCGCCCUUUUCGCCUUUUUAGCCGUAGCUAACGCCGGUGUCCUGGUCGCCCCCUCUGCCAAAAUCAUCCAGGGACCGAGCACCAGGACCACCGUGGUUGGACCCGAUGGUAGCGCCAUCUCCUCAGUCGCCCCCGCCGGUCAAAUCGUCCAGGAGGAAAGCGUCGGAGUCGUAGCACAAACCGCCCCAGUCGUAGCAGCCUCAGCCCCAGCUUUGGCCUACUCCGCUCCUCUCGUAGCUCACUCAGCUCCAGCUGUGGCUUACUCUGCUCCCGCCCUGGCCUAUUCUGCUCCUUUGGCUUAUGCUGCUCCAGCUCACGUAGCUUACUCUGCUCCUUUGGUUUCCGCUUACUCUGCCCCAGUGGUAAGCAGUGGUGUAGUGGGACACUCUACCGUAGACACCGUGAUCUCUGGACCAUCUGGAACUAUCGCCACUGGUAAAACUGUUGCUGCUGCCCCAGUUGUUGCUGCUUGGUAGAUGAUUGGUUGUAUGUUUGCUGAUGUAUGGUUAGUGUAAAUAAAAAAUUAGAUUUGUAAUAGA